GAUCACGGAUCUGGAAGAAUUUGAUUUCAAUACGGCUGACACACCGCAGUUUGUUGAUUUCAAUACGGCUGACACACCGCAGUUUGUUGAUUUCAAUACGGCUGACACACCGCAGUUUGUUGAUUUCAAUACGGCUGACACACCGCAGUUUGUUGAUUUCAAUACGGCUGACACAUCGCUGUGUGCUGUUGAUUCCUGGGCUAGUGAGGUCUUAUCAAUCCAGUCGCUCAUUGAUCGAACGUUUUAUCCGGUCAGCUAAAUUAUGGAGGGGAUGUGGUUCUUCCUGGAUUUUAUUAAUUUUCCUUUCACUAACAAAUUGGCAAUUAAAGGAUUCGUAUGUGAUUAGUGUUUGGUUAGGGAUUAAUUAGUUAGAUUUUAAUUAAGCUUCGCUGUUGGAUUACUAUAAAGAUGGAAUCAAAACGGAUAGAAAAAUGUAGCCCCUACAAGAGGCUGCUGCGUCGUCUACUGAGGAGCAUGUUGCGGUCAAUGGUCACAGUGGCAAAGGUCACUUUAGUCUUCCUCAACAUCUGGGUGUUGGCAGUAGUCCUGGUCGUCUCGCUGGGUCAUUGGCGGGUGUUUGAUGCUACUGAAACCUACCGAACGUACGACCACCCCCAUUUGGUGGGCGUCAGGGGCCUCAAGACCGAUGGUAGGAGCGCAAACCUAUCUGCCCCUCAGCCCGUACCUAACGCUGGAGUACCGCCUGACGCCGGCAACAACCCACCUGUACCCGCGGUGCAUGCAGGAUCCGUACCCCCCGUGGACCAGAAGCCACCCACAGCCGCGCCGGUGAAGAAGCUGACGGCGGCGGAAGCGCGGGUGGCCAACCUGCAGCAGUGGUGCAAGCAGCAGCACCCCCACAAGGUGCCCUACCAGCAGGUGGCCACGUCCAAGUUGACCUCCAUCCUAGUGGACGAGAAACACAAGCUGCUCUUCUGCCAGAUCCCCGGUGUGGCACUAAACGAUUGGCGGAAAAUUUUACUCAUCCUCAGCGGAACCGUCAACGCCACCUCAACCGGAUCCAUUUCCGGCGGCGACGUGUUUGGGAAGUACGCCAAAAUUCCUAAAAGACUAUCAGACUACGACGAGAAACAGAGGGUGGAGAUGCUGACCAAGUUCUACAAAGUUGUUUUUGUUCGUGAUCCCUUAGAACGGCUGGUCAACGCCUACAAAACCAAACUCGUCGCUAAAUCGUCGAAAUACUUCCACAAAGUCUUCGGGACACAGAUCAUCACAAAAUAUCGCGUCAACGCUAAAGAUAAAGAUAAAAAAGACGGAAGUGACGUCAAAUUCUCCGAGUUCGUCAAAUAUAUCGUGGACAGCGAACAUUCAGGCAGUAUCAGCCUGAACGAACACUGGCAACAGUUCUACAAACAGUGCCAUCCGUGCCUCGUAGACUACAACUUCGUGGGCACGUACGAAGAUGUAGAGAAAGACACUGAGCAGGUUUUAGUUAAGCUUAACGCUAACAAAAAGCUCAAGAAGCCCUACGUGUGGGACAGCAAGCCGCUCCAAGAAAAAGAACUGUCCAAAAUGUACGCUGAUGUCAGCGCCACAGACUUGAACAAUAUCUACAAAAUAUUUUCCGCGGACUACACCCUAUUCGGAUAUAAAUGUCCGGAAUAUUUACACUCGUUGUUGAAGAGGGGAAAUGUGUUUCAUGAUUAUUGACGGAGGGUGUGUUGCAAGUUGUUAUUUAUGUUGCAAAUAUUUUGCAAGUUUUUCACGUUCCAUUUAGGUGCACACAGCGUGUGUAUACAAAUUGUUUUUUUCCUUUCAUCUCGUUGUAUAAUUUUGUUGACAGCAAGUUACUGGCUGUGUUGGCCAAGUUGUGAUAGUUUUAGGCCAUUGUCAAUCAUGAUAGUUCUAGGCCAUCUGUAAUUGUCAUGGUUCUAGGCCAUCUGUAAUCAGUUCAGUCUUAGGUCAUCUGUAAUUGUUACAUUUUUACGCCACUUUCGAUCAUGAUAGUUCAGGCAAUCUGUAAAUGUAAUAGAUUUAGGCCAUGUGUAAUAUUGUAAUAUUUUUAGUUUUAGGCAUUAUGUAAUCGUUGUAGUCUUAGGCCAUCGGUAAUCUUGAUAGUUUCAGGCCAUCGGUAAUCAUUAUAAGGCCAUGUUCAAUUGCGAUACAAUAUUUGGCCAUCUGUAUUUCAUAAACUAUCCCUGUGCUCACUUAUUACAAGAUUUUUUUUGUACCUGCCAUGGCUAUAUAUAGGGUUGGUAAGUAGGUCACCAACCAGUUCUGAGGCUCAAUAAAACCUGCAUGAGCCAU